AUGUCAGUCCCUCAUAGUGAUAUACAAAGUACGAUCUUAUUCGAUUCCUUGAAAGAACAAGAUAUUAACUAUGAUCGUCCAGAUUCUUUCGAGCUUGAUAAUUCAAGCGAUCAAGAGGGGGAGGACUUACAAACGUUUAUUCAUAAUAACGAACGUCAAAGCGAUGGUUUCGAUUUCGACGAUCAUCUUAUACCAUUAACAUUGACAGAGACACGAAGACAUCCCAUUAAUUUGGAAAAAGAAGUUACUUUUUAUAAUGGACUUAAUCUAGUAAUCGGUACAAUAAUUGGCUCUGGUAUUUUUGCUUCUCCGGGUCCAGUUGUAGUACACGCAGGAUCUGUAGGAAUGUCAUUGAUAGUAUGGCUUAUGUGUGGAUUAUUGGCGUGUACAGGUGCACUCACAUAUGCUGAAUUAGGAUCUGAGAUACCAAUAUCUGGUGGUGAACACGCUUAUUUAUCGCAUGCAUACGGAAGUCUUCCCGCCUUUUUGUUCAGCUGGACUGCUAUUACAUGCUUAAGGCCAGGAGGUACUGCGAUUAUAGCAGUGAUAUUUGCUGAAUAUUUGAAUCGUAUUAUAUAUCAUACAGCCUUUGAGAAUGAAGAGGAUCACCCUUCCUCUUCAACACAUGCUAUUCUAAAUAAAAUUGUAGCAAUAAUCUGUGUUAUUGUGAUUUCUUUAAUAAAUGCAUAUAGUGUUCGCCUAGCAACAAGAACACAAGAUCUUUUUACCGCUUUAAAGUUGAUUACUUUGAUAAUUAUAGCAAUUAUCGGUUUUGUUGUUUUGGGUCGAGGAGGGAUGACAAAAAAUUUUGAUGGUGACUUAUUUGCUGGAAGUUCGAGCCGGAUGAGUGACUAUGCCUUAGCAUUCUAUUCAGGACUAUGGGCAUAUGAUGGAUGGUAA